UUUUUUCUUACUAGUAAUGGUGGCAAACAGCGACUUAUUGGACUGCGGCGGGCAUUCUGACACGGGGGGGGGGGGACUGACUAACUACCACUGGCACCCCCAGUGACACUAAUACAGUGAUCAGUGCUAAUAAAAAACACUGACACUGUACUAAUGGCACUGGGCAGGAAGGGGUUAACAUCUGGGGCAAUCAAGGGGUUAACUGUGUGCUGUGUUUUACUGUGUAGACAAGCUGCUUUAUAUUGCUCUGCCGUGCACUGCUCCUGCACACUGCUUUGGAUGGCUGUGCACAGCACAGCCAUCCAAAGCAGUGUG